AUGAAAUCAGCUUUAACUUGGGAAAUUGUAGCUCAGUGUUCGAGAACGAAAGCAAGAGUUGCUAAAUUAAAAUUGCCUCAUGGAGUUGUUGAUACACCAGUAUUUAUGCCAGUUGGAACGCAGGGGACUUUGAAAGGAUUAACUGUAAAACAAUUAGAAGACUUGGAUUGUCAAAUUAUGUUAAAUAAUACUUAUCAUUUGGGUUUACGACCUGGCAAAGAAGUACUUGAAGAAAUUGGAGGUGCUCAUGAAUUUCAAAAUUGGAAAAGAAACUUAUUAACUGUAAGAAGAUUUCAAAUGGUUUCUUUACUAAAAUUAGCAUGCAUUACGGAAAGAGGAGUGGAAUUUCAAUCACCACAUGAUGGAUCAAAAAUGUUACUUACUCCGGAACAUUCGAUUUCUUUACAAAACUCUAUUGGAGCUGAUAUAAUAAUGCAAUUGGAUGAUGUGGUAUCAUCAUUGACCACAGGUCCAAGAGUUGAAGAAGCUAUGUUUAGAUCAAUUAGAUGGUUGGAUAGAUGUAUUGUUGCUCAUAAAAAGUCAGAAAGUCAAAAUUUAUUUGCUAUUAUACAAGGUGGAUUAGAUUUGAACUUGAGGAGAAAAUGUAUUGAAGAGAUGGUGAAACGAGAUACUCCUGGAUAUGCAAUUGGGGGUUUGAGUGGUGGUGAAGAAAAAGAUAUUUUCUGGAGAAUAGUAAAUUUAUGUACUGAUCUAUUACCAAAGACUAAACCUAUAUAUUGUAUGGGAGUUGGUUAUACAGAAGAUUUAAUUGUAUGUUCAGCACUUGGAGUUGACAUGUAUGAUUGCGUUUUUCCAACGCGUACUGCACGUUUUGGAAAUGCGUUAACAUCCAAAGGAACUUUAAAUUUAAAAACCAGUAAAUUUUCUCAAGAUUUUAGACCCAUAGAAGAAGAUUGUGAUUGCUUAACUUGUAAAACAUUUACCAGAGCAUAUAUUCAUAUUCAUUCCACACGUGAAACUGUUGGAUGUCACUUGAUUACAAUCCAUAAUGUUUCAUAUCAACUAAGAUUAAUGCGUAAUAUUAGACAAGCCAUUAUAGAUAAUAGAUUUCCAUUAUUUAUAAUACAAUCAUUUAAAGAUUUAUUUGGUAGUGUUGAUAAAUAUCCUAAGUGGGCUGUUAAUGCUUUAAAUGGUGUCAACAUUAAUUUAACAUCUGAAAAUGAAAAUACAUAA